AGAAAAUAAAUACCAUCUUAUCCAACACACAGAGAAGGAAAAAGCCGAAAAAGCAUUCCAUAGGAAUACACGUUAAAUUAUAUACACAGCUCUUUAAAUUUCCAAACUUCAAAGCAGCUUCGUAGAUCCUCAAUCAUGUCUUCUAUAUAAGUACAAACCUUCACCCAUCUCACAUAUCACAACACUGUCACAAAGGAAAAGUACUUUUUUUUUAAAAAAAAUUAUCUUAUUUGAGUGUGAUCGAUGGCAUACCCAAACCCUUAUCCGGCGCAACCGUAUCCCUCCACCUCCGUGCCGAUGCCGGCGGUGCCCACCGCCGUGAUCGGCCCCCAGUUCUGUGCGCCCUACCCGCUGGAUCUGGCGGUGGUGAAGAAGGUGAUGACGCUCUCCGACGGUAACUUUGUGGUCACCGACGUCAACGGCAACGUCGUCUUCAAAGUUAAGGGAUCGCUCAUGACCCUCCGUGACCGCCGCAUCCUCGUCGACGCCGCCGGCAACCCCCUCGUCACCCUACGCCGGAAGAUAAUGACCGCGCAUGAUCGAUGGCAAGCUUUCAGGGGUGAAAGCACAGAGGCCAAAGAUCUAAUCUUUACUCUGAAGCGUUCGUCCCUUAUCCAGUUUAAGACCAAAUUAGAUGUGUUUUUGGCCAAUAACACAAAAGAAGAUGUUUGUGACUUUAAGGUCAAAGGUAGUUGGUUGGAACGAUCUUGCGUUGUUUAUGCUGGUGAAUCUAACAACAUCGUAGCCCAGAUGCAUAAAAAGCACACGGUUCAGAGUAUUUUGAUUGGGAAAGACCAAUUCAUGGUCACAGUGUAUCCCAACAUUGAUUAUGCGUUCGUUGUGGCACUAAUUGUUAUUCUUGACGAGAUUAACGAAGAUGAGAAAGAAGAUUAGAGAAAUGCUACACAUUCAGCAAAUCGUGUUGUACUUUUUAUCGACGGUGGCAUAUUUCCACUGAAGCUAUUGUGUUUGUUUAGGUGUUUCGUCUUUCUAAUUUAUGAGUAAAUAAAAAUAUUUAAAUUCGAGCUGCAUUCAAAAACAUAUUAUGUCAUUUGUGUGGAUUCAAUUUCAAUUUUCAACCACGAAGCAGCCAGAUUUGGUAUUACCUGGCCUAUGAUUAAGGUAA